AUGGUUGUGCUAAAAUCGACGGCUGUCUACGUCCUUUUGGCUUCACUUUCCGUGACACCUGUAUUCUCCUUUCCAUCCGGCCAAGAUGGAUCAGACAUUUCGGUAGACGGGACUAAUGAUGUCGAAAACUUCGAUAUGGAACCAAGCUCCAGCAUCACAGAUGAUGCAUUAUCGGACACUACAUCGUCAAGUUCCAGCUCGACUUCAGGCUCGAGCCUCUUCUAUGUAUGGUCGACCUCCUCAAGUUCGAGUUCGUCGACGUCGGUGACAUCGACAUCGACAUCAACAAUUGAGAGUUCGACGGCAUCCACGAGCUCCAGUUCCAGCACUUUGUCUAGUCCAAGCUCCAUCUCUUCCCUCGUGUCCAGUCUUACAUCGUUUGAGACCUCUUCGUCUGCUUUCUCCUCGCAAACCUCCUCUAUUGAUGCAGCAAAAUUUGAGGCUGAAAGCUUGCAAUUCUCUGUCUCAGACGAUUACUCGUCCACAGAAAUCCUAACGUCCGCUGCCUCAUCCGUUGUCUCGUUGAUGGAAGCCUCGACGUCAUCUGCCUCCAGCGAUACCUCGACAACAGAAGCUUCAACGGUUUCUUUCACUUCCUCGUAUGAUACUUUGUCGAGAGGGUCAUUGGCUUCUUCCGCCUCCGUCGAUUCAUCGUUGACGGAAGCGACGACUUCAUCUUCAGCGGAAGUCACAUCUUCUUCGACGGAACCACAAACUACCGAAGAAGAAAGUUCCAUGUUCACUUUUGCCACUUCCACUUUGGCAUCUUCUGUUUCGACGGCUUCGACCAUGGUCCCGACGCCUUCGUCUUCGCUCAGCCUAACAUCAUUGGCUGCCACCAGCACAACUGUCCCUAGUCAUUCUGGGACAUCUUCUUUGGAAACUUCCUCUCUUGAGCAGGGCUCAGAAGAGGAGGACUUGAAACAGGAGAACGCAGAAGAAGAGACGGCAUCAUCGUCCUCUCCUUCCGUUUCGGAGUUUCCGUCAUCUGUACAUGACAAUUCAACUAAACAAAAUGGCAAGCAGAGUGUAAUUGAUAUUGACAAGUUGAAGUUGUUCUACUCAAGUAGUUUUGGGAUUCCCAAAGAAGCUGGAAACCUGAUUGCAGCUUUGGACCCAACAAGUCUUAGUACCAAAGGGUCAAAUAAUCUGUCAAUGUUAGAUGAUGCAGCUUUGCUCUCGUUACCGGGGCUGCGUGCCAACUCGCAGAACCUGAGUUCGGACUACUAUAACUAUAAGCUUCGUCGCCGUGAGGUUCGUAUAUCAGAUUUUUAUGAAACGGAGAUGAGAAAAUUUCCGGUACUACCAGAAAUUGAUGCAUUUGGCAAGGUUCUAGGAGCUCAGAACCUUAAUUGCAAGUUUGGAUGUACAAACAUUCCUUCACCUGAAGGUAUUGCGCAACAUGUACAAGAAGCGUACCCUCUCUUGAGCGAUGAAGAGCGGGAGGAGCAAAUCAGAUGGCGAUGGUUUGCUAUGAUUGACGUUCAAAUCCUCGCUAAUGAUUUCAAAAAGACUUACGACAGUUACAUCCGUCUGCAGACCAAUCUCGGGCAGAAAGCUUUUGACCUCCUCCGCCUUAUGAUUCCCAGAGAAAAUUUCGAUGCUCAAAAGGCAUGCAAUAUGAAAGUUAAGAUCAUUACGUCUGCCGUUUCAUUUUAUUAUCAGUUACUGGGCGCGCUUGCGUUCAAAGCGGGAGAUGAAGCUGCGGGCCCUGUGGGCGUUGGAAUUGCUUUUCAGAGCUUUAUAGUUCAACAAACCCUGGAGCAUUUAUUGAAAAACAAUAAGGAUUUCAAUGAGUACUUCACUAAGGCAAUAAGCACCAACAGCACAGAGUUCGUAGCAUAUAUGCCCUUGUCGGAGAAUAAGGUCUGCGCUGCCCUCGGCCAUCCUGGUGCUCCUGGUAAUGGAGCAUCCGGUCACGAUGAAUAUGUUCUUCAACUCUCUAUGGUGAAUGAGUGGAUUCAGAAAACUUUCCAGAUGCUAAGAGCUAUUGAAGAGGGGGCUGCAACGAUUGUGUUCAAUAAGUCAGACAGGGACGAGUCUAUCAUCCUGAAGAGAUUGAGAGAUGUGGAUGACAAUAAGCCGCGGAAUAUAUCGGACCCAGAAAGAGAUGAGCCAAUUAUAACCAAGCAAUGGGUAGAAUAUCUCGCAGGAACUCUCCAAACGAAGUUACAUCGCUGCUGGGUCAUGUACGUGGAUAUGAAAGGCGACAUGAAUAAGAGGAACGAGCUCUGCGCAGACAAAUCUCCAAGAGCAGGCUCUCGACUUUGUCUGGAAGAAGGAACCGGGGUAUUGCAGGGUCAAUGCCUCACGCUCCAAAGGGAGGGAAGUCAUCUGGUUCCCAUCGGCUCGUCAGAGGCUUUCCGCAAACUCGGCCUUUCGGCCAAGAAGAUCAUUGCAAACUCAUGGCGUCAGUACAGCGGUAAAGAUGUGCCUGUACCGUUGCUCGUAAAUAAUGACUCUGAGCCAGAUACUAACCAUACCAUGCUUGAACUUGAGCAGAUUGCGUCGUUCCCGGUCUGUAACUCUGAUCUUCUCCGACUGACAGACUUCAGCGGCAAAGAGGAUGGCAGUAAUAAUCCUAAAAGAGAUCAACAGUUCCCAAUCGGAUGUGGAGGAUUUUUGUCGCAAGAAACAGCCGCGGUUUAUAGAGAAAUGGGAAUUGGCCUGGGUUCUAUCAGUAGAAGAAGAGGUGACAUGGAAGAUAUUCUUGAGAUUGUGAUGUACGAACAACUCUGGAACCUAAGCCCAAUCAGAAACUACAUCGAAUGGUGCGGAGUCGGCGGCUCACACCCUAUGAUAGAUUCUGCACCGCCGAUCAUUCCUAAACGAAAGUCACACUAUUACAGAGACCCCGACUCUCGUUGUGAUGCCAUUCGAGAGAAAGUGAGAGGAAUGACAGAACACGAAGCGAAUGUUUGGUUCUGUAGUGCGACUGAUCCAUUGGCUAGACAGAUUAUCAGUGGAGAAAAAGAAUACAGUGGAUGGCAUCCUAUUUGGAAGAAGGAUCGAUAUCAAAGCAGAUGCGAGAGACAUAUGAAGGGGAAAUAA